GACCUUCACAGAAUGUCCUAAAUUGAAUGUUUACUGCAGAUGGUUUUAUUUUCUGCCUGGUGUUGUCGGCUGGCUGAGACAGGACUCUUAGAAAGUUGUUGUACUAUCUAGAUAAAUAGCGAAAUUCAAUCUGGAGUUAUGAUCACGAACUUCAGAUAAUGAAUUGUGAAAGUUUUCUCUAUUUUUUGCUUGUUAUGUCUUCGUGCAAUAUUGUAAUGAAUAAGUUACAUUGCCGUCAAAAUUCUUGUGACACACCUGCAGUUGAAUAUGUUGUCCGGGUUGAUGGAACUUUUUCUGAUGCAAAGGCAAUUGCACGUCUUCAUGGUUUGGAGUUAAUUGAUAAAAUGAUUGGAUUUGAAGGAAUGUACAUAAUGCACUUAAAACAAACUGCAUCUAAAAAGCGUAGACGACGAUCUCCAGUUGAUAUCAAUGGUCCUGGGGUCGAAUGGGUUAUAAAACAAGAAUUUCUCAAGCGGACUAAACGUUCUAGUUUACCAUCUGCCUCCUGGAAUGACCCGUUGUAUCCUGAUAUGUGGUACUUGAAUAGAGCCAGUAAAGGAGAAGGUUACGAUAUGAAUGUAUUGGAAGCAUGGGAGUUAGGAUAUACUGGCAAGGGGAUUAAGAUCACUAUCAUGGAUGACGGAAUAGAUUAUACACAUCCUGAUCUAUUGGCAACUUAUGAUCCUAAGGCCAGUACAGAUAUUAACGGUCGAGAUAACGAUCCAAUGCCGGAUAUACGAAGUCGUGAUAACAAACAUGGUACCAGAUGUGCCGGACAAAUUGCUGCUCAGGGUAAUAAUUCGGUGUGUGUUGUCGGCAUUGCUUAUAAUGCACAAAUCGGCGGUAUACGCAUGUUAGAUGGAUAUAUUACUGACAGGGUUGAGGCUGAAACACUUCAUUUUCGACAAGAUUACAUUGACAUUUACUCAGGUAGCUGGGGACCUGAAGACUCAGGGAAAUUAUAUGAAGGUCCCGGUAUACUUGCUCAAUCUGCAUUCCAACAAGGAGUUGUCACGGGUCGUAGAGGUUUUGGCAAUAUUUAUGUAUGGGCAUCAGGUAAUGGUGGUUCGUUAGAUGAUUCAUGCGCUUGUGAUGGUUAUUCAAGUAGCCCGUUCACGCUGUCUGUUAGCGGUGUCAGUGAAUCGAAUACACGUCCAUGGUAUUUAGAGAAAUGUUCAUCCACAUUAGUCAGUACUUACAGUAGUGGAAGUCCUAUGGAAAGAAUGAUUUCCACUAUUGAUUUGGGUCAUGAUUGUACUCGUAUGCAUUCCGGAACAUCAGCAAGUGCACCAAUGGCAGCUGGAAUUAUUGCACUUUUAUUAGAAGCUAAUGAUCGUUUAAGUUGGCGUGAUGUCCAAUAUAUCACUUUACUUACAGCUAAUCCAAAACCGUUUAAAGAUGGUAAUUUCACUAAAAAUGCUGUUGGUCGUGAAUAUAGUCAGCUGUAUGGAUAUGGUUUAAUGGAUGCUGGUAAAAUGGUUCGACUUGGUGAAUUAUGGCGUGGUGUUCCUCCACAUCAUCGGUGUACUUCAAAUGUGAUAGAUGUACAAAAGAAUUUAGGCGGGAAAUUCAACCAUACAUUAUUUCUUAACUUUUCUGGAUGUCAACCUAAAACUCAAGACAAUGAAUCCUUGAAUAAACUGAAUAAAUCCACUUCAGAAAAUGGUACACCUAUACGCUAUUUGGAACAUGUACAAGUUUAUGCUGAUAUUGUAUAUCAAAGGAGAGGAUUAUUACGACUAUCUGUAAUAUCUCCAAGUGGUACACUGAGUGUCCUGUUACCGCCUCGAAUACAUGAUGAACAUUCAGGCAAUAUAGCUAUGCUACGUUGGCCGGUGACCACUGUACAAUUUUGGGGUGAAAGUGCUAUCGGUACAUGGCAAAUACGUUUGGAUAGUAUCUUAGGCACUGAGAUUAGUCGUGUUGAUCCAGAUAAUAUUAAAGGAUUUUGGCGAUCUGUUUGGAUUGUUGCCUAUGGUACUGAUGAGUUUCCUAUACGUCUGAAACCUCCAUCACUCAGUCGCCCACCACCUUCAGAAUGGUUUGAAUCGUUUGCUGAAUAUGUCGUUGAUGAUCAACACUGGCAUAAGGUCUACACAUGUCAUUCAGAAUGUGCUCCCGGUGGUUGUACAGGUCCUGCAGCUGAUCAGUGCCUUUAUGGAUGUAAAACGUUUGCAACAGAAAGCAGACAAUGUGUAUCCGUUUGUCCUCCGGGGACAACAGCAUUUGGUGCCUUACGUCUUAGUAAUUCAUUGAAUAAUUAUGCCAAUACAAACAGUAAUAAUAAUAAUAAUAACAAUGGACAGAAGUCACGUGACCGUGUCAAACCUGAAGCUAUGUUGUCAUCAUCAUCAUCAUCAUCAGGUGCACGUAUUCGCAGUAGUAUUGAAGGUUCUCCUUUCGGUGUGAAUGAUGAUCCUUUACAAAUCAAUGGUAAUAAUCAACAAGGCUUUAAGAAUGAAAUGGUCUGUCAACCAUGCUGGUCAUUAUGUUCAGCGUGUAUACGUCCACAUAUUGAAUAUGAUUGUACAGCAUGCUCAAAUCAACGCUUUCUAGUACCAUUGUUAACAGCAAAUGAAGAUAAAGGAUUAUCAUUUUCUUAUCAAUCGUAUCAAGACAAUAAUGGGCAACCUACUAAUAACAACGGUGAUAAUAAUAAGAAUAACAAUGUCUAUCUUGAAAAUGCUAAACAUUUAAAUUUCAAUUUACCUCAAGUAAUUGGCACUUGUCGAACUGAAUGUCCUGCUGGAUUUUUUGGUAAUAAAUCGACUUCAAUAUGUGAAUCAUGCGCAGAAAAUUGUGCACGUUGUGUUGGUUCAAAGUCUGAUGAAUGCCGUGAAUGUUAUCCUGGUUUCCGAUUAAUUCAUGGAAGAUGUGUUGAUAGUUCAUCGGCUGAUGGUCGUUGUAAACCAGGACAAUAUUUAAAACAUUCCGAAUGUGUAAAUUGUCAUCCAUCCUGUGAUAAAGCAGGUUGUGUUACUUCAAAUCAGUGUAAUUGGUGCCCUAGUCAUUUACCGAAUUAUUUCAAUGGUACUUGUACAAAAUCCUGUCCAGAAGGUUGGUAUUCCGGUGUGCAGAUUCGACCUCCAUUUCACUCAAAUAUACAAGAUCAAAUUUCUUCUGGUAAACAGCCAUCAGUACACAUGUGUGAACCUUGUUCACCUGGUUGUCAAAAGUGUAUUAAUUUCAGUUUAUGUGAGAUGUGCUUACCGUAUUUAAUGCUGCACAAUGGUACUUGUAUACUUCCGGAAAACAACACAGCUGCUGAUAACAUCACUCCUACACUUGUUAAUAAAAGUAAUACUCAAGUUAAUAAUAAUAAUAAACUGUUGGUUACACCAUCAAAUCAGUGUGGUUCUGUAUCAUGUUCUACAUGUUAUGGAGGUAUAAGAAAGAAUUGUUUAUCCUGUUCACGAGACUACUAUUUACUAGAGAUAACUCUUUUCAAUGCUCUUCAAAAUGUUGAUUUAUUCAAUGGAAAUUCGAUUAUUAAUAAUAACAAUCAUAAGAAUAAUAAGAAUAAGAAUAAUAAUAUCUCAUCCACAUCUGCAUUGUCUUCUUCGUCAUUAUCAACUUCGCCGACUUCCUCUACACCUUCAACAACACAACUGAAUGAAAUAAAUUAUCCAGUUAACAACAUAUCAGCAUCAUCAGUAGACACUGACACUACUAUUAUACCUGAAUUGACUCCUUUGACGUCAACAUCGAAAUCUAUGCCUACAGAUACUAGUGCCACUACUACUACUACUACUCCGACUCCGACUACGACUACUAUUACAACUACAGACGACAAUGCAGUAAAAAGUUUAUCCUUAUUGAAGAGAACAAUGAAGAACAACAAAGCUGUGCUUAUAUCAAGACGUUUUGUAAAUACUAAUGGUGUGAUGAAUAAUCCUAUUUCUAACAGUCUUAAUUUAUCUUAUCCUAAAUUUAUUUGUGUACAUAUUUGUCCUACGGGAUAUUAUGCAAGAAGGAUAUCAGUUGGUGCGGAUGAAAUUACACUAUGCUCUAAAUGCCCUCCAUCGUGUUCCAGUUGUACAGAUAUCUCACACUGUAAUGCAUGUCAAACAGGCUUUUAUUUAGACAAAAAAACUAAUCAUUGUCUAUUGCGUACUGUAUGUCGUUUCUCGGAAUACUUUGAUGAAGAUAAAGGCAUAUGUCGUCCAUGCGAUUCCAAUUGUCGAACUUGCUCUGGUCCUCGUUCAUACCAAUGUACUAGUUGUAAUCGGAAGCCACCAGUUCCUCGAUGUUUAUUAACAAAUCAACGUGUUUCAAAAUUGCAUAGAACCUCUAAAGACUUAGCUAUAUGGCCACCUGAUCAGUUGAGUGUAGAACCGAAUUCUGGACAAUGUCUCGUAUGUUGUCCUUAUCGAUUAGCCUUAACUAGUCGUGAUCCUAGACAAUGCAUGUUCUGUGUUGCUGAUAAAUUGGUUUGUCUUAGCGGGGAUGAAAUCGGUGCUGGAGAAAGUGGUUAUAUUCUAGAAGAAGUCAAUAAAAAGCAUCAAUCAUUAUGGGAAUUAUUUACAAAAGAACCAUCUCGUCUAGUCUUAUUUAUUAUAUGCCUUAUUAUAAUUACAGUAUUGUUAAUAUUUAUUCUAGUACAUUUUAUAUUAUCACGUCGUCGAUAUCGACAUUAUUAUCAUCAACAUUGUUCUACUGCUGCUGCAGCUGUCUAUUGUUCAUGUUGUAGACGACAUAAUAAUCAUGUUGGUGUUACUGUUGGAAGUGGUGGUAAUGAUGAAUCAGAGGGGAAAAGAAGUAAACAAAUUGUAACAUCUGUUACAAAGAAGCGUAAAGCUAGACAGUUAGCUCAGUUAAAUAACAACAAUAAUAAUAAUAGUAAUAAUAAUAGUAAUAAUCGUCAUAAUCGACACCUUCCCAAUCCUCCAAAUGGUGGAAACACUCAACGCGAUGAUCAUGAUGAUGAGGAUGAUUAUGAUUUCGACGAUGAUGAUGAUAUACGCGCGGAACAAAUCUCAUUGAGGUCAAAAAUGAAUAAUCAUAGUAAUAAAGACAAUAAUAUAUCAUAUAUUGGUAAAUUCAUCACUGAUAGAGGAGAGUUAAAUAAUGAUUCCGCUAUUGCUACUACUGAUACUGCUCCUACUAUUACGACAACGGCGAUUAAUACUACGGCGACGUCUAAUGACAAUAAUAAUAAUUCAUAUACUCCAUAUUAUAAAUCAUCAAUUUGUUCAUCAAAUGGUAAUUUACACAGUGGACGUGUACAUCGGCUAAGCACCGGAGAAACAAUCAAUUCACAUAUUCCUCCACCUUGUAUUAUAAUUAAUUCAACACCUCAAUCAAUAAUAACUACAGCUAUUCCAUUGAACAGUACAAAUCCACAUCAUCAAUAUGUACGAUAUAAUCAGUUAAAUAAUAGUAAAGAUGACAGUGGCGAGAAACUUAUUUCUGAUACAACUGAUUCAUCAUUGUCAACAACUGAGGUGGUAAACACUUAA